CCGCUGUCAUAUUCCGCAGUGGGUGUUUGGUAUAUAUUUAUGUCUUCUCUGAUAUUUAAAAUCGUGCCCACACCAAAAAAAAAAAUUGGGAAAACUUACCCGGUGAGUUGGUAACGCUAUGAAGAAGCGAAUGAAUAAUGUCUGCCUGUGAUAAUUUUGUGGAAAACCUGUGGAGAAAGGGAAAAUGUGCCAACUGUUUUCAAUCACGCGAAAGACAUCAAAAUGAUGACAAAAUUCAAGGCGACAACAGCACGGCGAACAUACAUGAUCAAGAAGGAGGUCAUAGUCCUAUAGCGCCAAAUAUUGAACAAGUGGUUAAUUCAGUGAAAAGAAAGGAUGUCAAAGAGGGAAGAAGUCGCCAAGAAGGUGCAAAUGGUAUUAAAACCAUCGCACCUUGUGCUCCCACCGAAACGGACAACAACAGAAGUCGCAGCGAUAGCAUUACAAGGCAUACCGGCAAAACAGAUGAAACUCCCAAAUUGUUUGUUGUUAAUAAACCAAAGCCGGUUCCUCGAUCCAAACCAAGACCGCCCUCUCGAGUUAUAGACGGAGGAAAUGGGCUGAUAAGCCCUCAGCAAUCAUCUGAUGCGCAAAGCGAUUCCAUGCACGAAGACUCUCUUGGGAAAUCCCACAGUAACGCAAACUCUUUAGAAAGCGUUGAGCCGCACACGAGUGUUCUUUCAAAACCAGAUCACGAUACUAAAGUGAUUCAGGUGCUUGAGGAGUCAACAAACAGUACGGAUAUCGAAACUGUCCGCGAGACAAUCGAAAAGGAGGAAGCGGUCACCGACAUACAAGUUUCGACUGAUUUAGAUUCGACAGCUCUCGACGAGGGCUGUGAAAAAAUUUUGUCCAACAAUGAAGCCCUUGUGGAUUGUGGUAAUUGCGAGAAAGAUCUUUCAGAGCUUACGUUUAUAGACAAUGAUGACAGCGAUGGGGAUGGUUAUGUACCGAUGAAAAGCAAUGUAGCUUUGUUUACUGCCGAACCCAUACGCUUCAAUAGUAUGCGCAAAGCAGAUGUCAAGAUGGAAGCAAACUACGAAGCCGGUCACCAUUCAUACGAACAAGAGAUCAGUGACGAAGAGAAAAUUAAAGCGACAAACGGAAGCGAUUCCGAGGCGCACGAAGAAAGGAGAAAUUCCUCAGGCGUUUUAGAAUUUCGAAAUCCUUUGUGCUUGAUCUCAAGCAAGACGAGAUCGAAAAGCGUCAAUUCAAACAGUUCUGAAGAAUCUGGAGGCACGUGUGAUAAAUUGAUUCCUAAUAAGAUUACCGGUAAAGCCAGCAGCACUAAGCCAUCCUAUGUAAACAGGCCAGCCAGUACAACCAGCACUGAUACAGCUUCCAGCAGUCAUGAUUCAGGCUAUGAAAACACUCGCAAAUCAACUAGAAGUAACUCAUCAAAUAGUUGCUUGGAUGUAAUUGCACCCGGCGUUACAGGUGUUGUAAACACUGGAAAUGAGAAUUCAGCAGACCUAGCUCGCAUGAGUCAAACAAAAGGUGACAAUGUUAUUGAAUCCAGUGGGGCCUCAUGUAGCUCUUGGGGGAGUAGCACUUGGGAUAGCUGUAGUGCAUCUGAUUUUCAAGAAAACAGCUGUGAGUCAGUGCAUGUGGAAAAGGCAGUUGGAAGACUUGAUGUAAGUAAACCUGACUCUGUUGUCGUUACAACGCAACCUAAGAGUGAACAUAUUACUGAAGCAGACAAAGGUAGCGGUAAUGCUAGCCACACUUAUGUAAAUACCACAUUAAAGCCAUUUACAAAGCCAUACAAAGUGGUUGAUAUCAGUUCAGGUGUUUCAGUUCCUACUGCAGAGGGACAAAGUGAUGUUCCACCUCUACCACCAAAAGAAAAGGACCUGAAAAAAGAAAGAACAGGUGAAUUGAAAAGUCAUGUUUAUCUUGAACCAUCUGGGGAAAGACAAGGCAUUCCAGAACAGGGUCCACCAGAUGAAAGGAAAGAUGUUAUCAACAAUGCCAGAGAAAGCACUUGUUCUAGUCCUGCUCCUAACCCAGCCCCUAACGCUACAACAGACAAGAAUGGGGUAGUGCGCAGAGCUCCAGCUCCGAGGCCACGCUCCAGAGUUCCAUCUCAGUUUGGUACGUUGCCCAAACCUGCACCCCGUGCAUCAAGAACGCAAAGUGAUGCAUCUAAAGUGGACAACAAGGAAGUUAAAGAGCUGAAAGUGGGCACCUCGCAGCCAGUUGGUUAGUAUAAUAAAUUAUUGUUUCAUUUAAUAUAGCUAAGUCUUUCUUUAUAGCACGGUGAUUACCACAUUUUUUGUGCAUUUGUCUUUUGUUUUUGUAUUUUUUACCAUUCCAACUGUAGUACUGAAUCUCUUCUUGACAGCCCCCAUGUAGUUUGGGGACAUUUUCAAAAGGUGUUGUUAUGGGUUGAGGGGGGGACCUUUGUGGUAGUUUCUUGGUGAUGCAGACGGGUGCAGUCACCAAAUUGAAAUGACGUAAUACAAAAGAUUGAAAAGACACUGAACAUGAGUGCCCGCACCAUGAAACAAUAGGUUCCUGUAUCACCAAGAAAUGCCUAUUUUUACUCAGAAGUAGCAAGUAAAUGGAUAAAAAGCUAGAAUACAGGAACAUGGUCACUAUACUGUAAAGAGGUGACCAUGUGGAGAGCAUUUUAAUCAAAGAGCUUAAGGGAAUGAAUAGUGAAUUGAUAAAAGAAACAGAAGGUCAUUGUAUGUACAUCAUGUAUAGAGGUGCAGCCAUGAAGUAACUUCUGGAACACUUAAAAUAAAUGGGUCUUUUCCAUAUAAUAUAUAUCUUAUUUGCCUCAAACAUGAUGUGACAUUAAAGAUAUUAGCUGGUAAAUUAAGAUGCUGAUCAUGAUAUCAGAUAACCAAAUGACAAAAGUUUUCAAUUCAUAAUGACUUUAAAACUCUUGAUCAUACAAUUCACCUUUGCCAAAAAAAUAAAUAUACACAAUAACAGUACUUCUUUAAUCUAAUUACACCUGGAAACAAGCAUUUGUUUUUCUGUCUAUGAAAUGUGUGAAAUGAAUUUUUAUGGUCUGCUUAUAAUUUGUUAUCAGCUUGAUCACCUUGUCCUAUUUGCCAUUUUUGACUUUUAUUAUCAUUUUAACAUGGGGUCAUUUAACCCCUAUUUACAUGUAGUCAUUCAGAUUAUCUUUCUUUCAAUGAAACUGAAAAGAAUUUUAUUAUCUUUGUCAACAUAAACAAAAGGUAUGCCUUGGGAUGCAAAUAGAUAAUAUCCAACCAAUGCUUUUUUACCAAAUCCUUAUAUCAUUUUUACUUUUGUAUUUCAUGCUGAUUUUGGUCAGUCCUGUGAAAAAUUAUUUGCUCUUCUUGAUAUAUUGUGAACAAGCAUCAUGAUGUUAAUCACAUACUGGAAUAACGAUUGAAUCCCUCAACUCCUUGUUACAUAGUUUUACAUUGCAGUUGUAGUCAUAUCCUUCUAGUAAUUUCACACCAGCUAUCUAUGAUCACUCAAACUUAUAGGCAAAUGUCAAUCUAUUCAUAUCACUGCUUUAGAUUUAAACAAAAAUAAUAACAAGUGCAAUGCUAGAUCAGAGAAAAGUGUUAAAAUGGCAUCACUGACUUUACAGCUUUACUGGUAGUGUUGUCUAAAGUUGUGUUUGAUUUUCCAUAUUUUGCAAGAAGAAUGACACAGAUUAGAAAGAUUGCAACAGAUUCCAAUUUAUUAUUGUUUUGAUGGGGCUUUGGAGUGUUGCAAUGAUACAUGUACCUUAUUCCUGUAAAUUAUCUAAUAUUAAGUGGUCCCAACCUUUUUUAUUGAAUGAGAAUCAACUAAUCAUGUGAGAAGAGAGGUUUGAAACCUGUGCCAUGAGUUGUAGCUAUUCAGUAUACACCGUACAUGCUACAGUAUACAUGUACUUUGACACCAGAGGGAUGUGAGUCUUAACAAUAAAUUAUAGAAAAAAACAUGAUUUAAGCUAUUGAAUAUUCCUUUUGAGUUUUAUAGUGGAAGAUCCAAUGUCAAGCGAAGGUCAUUUUUUUUUCCGUGUUUCCUUUUAUUCAUGUGAUUCAUACAACAGAAUGCAAAUACAAGGAAAGAAAUUAUAUUGUUAAUGGCACUAUGUGAAUAGCACUAUAGUUCUUUGUUAGAUAUUAUGAUGUAUUUUUUUGCUGGUUUUGUUGCAAUGUUUUACGAAUGGAAUAUUCAUUUCCCUUUACCUCAUAAAUUAUGUAUUCCACAUGUUCCUUGUCUUUGCCAGCUUGGCACCUGUUUCUGUUGAUAAAUUACACAACUGAACAUUAUUUUUUAUAGAAUUUCUAAAUGAAAAGAUGACAAUUUUGUGGUUAGUGUGGUAAUAAAUGGCGGCAUAAAGAACUCUCCUUUUGAUCGUCAGGUUGGAGAAGGCCAGCUUAGUUUUUAAAGAAGGCUUUUUCUCUAUGAGGUUAACUAUUGAUGGUUAUGAUUUUGCAUUGAGAAUUAACAUUUUCAGUUAAACAUUUUGGAUUCAAAGGGGCCAUUUGACAGUCAUUCAUAAAGUUAGGGGAUGCUCUGUGGUGAAAAACUUAGAGAGAUGACUAAAAAUCCUCUGCCUUUUCUAUUUUUUUCUCACUCACUAUUUUCCGGUCGUUUGCCAUCCUAUGUCUGCAGGUUCUUUGAUGCCAAUAUUUGAGGGUUUUUUUAAAUUUUUUUCAUUAUUAUCAAUAUAUUUUUUACUUAAGCAACUCAUGAACUUACUGCCAUUCCCUCCUCCCCAUUUCCCUACCAACUAUCCAAUUUCAUUGAAAAUUUUAAUUUUAAUGGGAAUUUGAGUGAACUCCAGCAUUGCCUGGGAAACUGAUUCUUCGGUUUCAGAAAAGCUGGACACAGCAUUUCUGAGUGUUCUAUUUUAAAAAUUGGCAUGCCCCUAGACCCCCUGAGGUAGCUCCACCUUUGGGGCUCAUAAGCUGCUUUGCGGCACCAAAAAAAUUUGAUCACAUGGGGUGCCUUUAGAUGUACGUUUACCACUUAAAAAGACUGUUGAAAACCCUGCACUAUGUAUAACAAACACGCCUGAGGGUGGGGUGUACCUUAGAAGCUUCUGAGUACCGCAGAUGUGCCACUACUGGUACCCCAGAACCUAAACCAGACCUAGUUCGACUGAAUUUUGCUACAUUUGGAAAUUAAAUAGCCAUUACUGGCAAAAACAUUUCCCUUAGGUGCUUUAAGCUAGAAGAAGAAUAGGAUACACUCAUGAAAUGACUUGCAGGCACAGAUCCAGGAUAAAGACUGACCGAAUUCCUAAAAGAGUGCAGAAGGCGCAAGCAGGGUCUGGGAGCAGGCUCUUCCAUGAAUUUUUUGGAUUUUUACUCCUUAAAGGAGGGCUUUAAGUCCCCUUUCCUGGUUCUCUGAGUCAUUCAGAGAGGAUGGUGACCAGAUUUCAACUUGGAAAGUCUUUUAUGAAAAUAUAUUUAUUAUGAAAAAUGUGAUGCAUUUCCAAAAAAUGUUGGAAACUGGUGUGGAUGAUCCGCGCCUGACUUGUUAUUAUAGCUGAAAUCAGUGUGCAAAGCUUAAUUGGAAGGGGGAGUAACUUCCAUGGGUAUUUCCUACCAGAGUACAUUGCAUAAUAUCAGCUUAAGCAACCCGCAGGUAGAUGGCAGGUUUCUAGACUUUCUCAAAGCCUGUUUGCAGUUUCUGCUGGUUACGUCACUUGUCUUGUGACUUUAGCCUUCACACAGUCGACUUAUGGCAAGUCUAGCAGGUUUGCAAAUGCUGUGUCCCACAUUUCAGCCUAGUGUGUUUUUAAAAUAUCAGAUUGAUAAGGUUAGCAACUGGAAGGUAUAGGGAUGGAAUAGGUUACAGCUAAAAGGAAAUAGUUAAGAACAAACAGCCAUAAAAUUGAACCUUUGAAGCUCUUCUGUUUGAUGAAAAAAAAAAACAUGAUUUCAGCAGAAUGGUGUGAGUUGCCUUUUAAUAAAUCUGUGACAACUACCUUGAAUUAAACUCAACUCUACUUUCCCUCUAUGUUCGUUUCAUUACAUUCAUAAUAGCUGAGUGUAAUUUUAAACAAAGAGUAAACUAAUAAAAGUAAGCAUUUUAAAUUCUGCUAAAUGUAAAUAAACUGAGAGCUGCCAGCUUGGAUCAUAUUGAUUUUAACAUCUCUACAUUAAAUCUUAACAGAAGGAUAAUAAAAAAAUAACAUAGGGAAUGGUUAUGACUGAGGGCUUGCUUGCAUGCUAGCUUGUUUGUUUGAUCGGUCUUAAAUAUAAAGAAUUAAAGGGCAAACGACUUUAGUAAAAAAAUAUAAUAUUAUAAAAUAUUUAAAACUGCAAUUUAUAAUUUCUCCUCUGUUAAUUUGUUCCAGCUGCUUGGUGUUUGUUUAUUUAUUGUAAAAGGCGGCUUUGCUACUAUGCAUUUCAACUGACACUUUUCUAUUUAAUUUUCUUUGUUUUAUAGUUCCAAUUACACCCCUACCCAGUACCCCUUCUCCCUCUCCACCCUCCCUUGAAAGACUACCCUCAUUAAAGAACUCAAAAAAGGCAACAAAUCCAACAUCACCCCCUGUCCCCAAAAAAGGGACAUUGGAUCCUGGGAGCUCAGAUAAACCAUCUGAAAGUGUACCUUUGAGUCCAGUGAACAGUGAAGGCAUUGGAGCGGGGGAGACUCAAGAAGGGCCCAUCAAGCCCAAAAGAAGUGCCCCACCACCUCCCCUGUCUGGUAAGCUUGCACAUGUAACAGGAAGCAUUAGCACAGUUAGACCUGCACUUAGUUGUAACAACAACAAUAACAUUCAAUUUGAAAAUACUUUAUCAGAACUAUUCGUGGUGGGUAACAAUACAAUGAUAUUCCCCUAGUGCUAAUUACAAAGUGGUUUGCACAGUAACGAGGUUAAGCAGUCAAGAUGAUACUGGCAUUGAAAAUGUCACUGAUUAAAUGAGUUCAUGUUCUUUCAGUCUCAGUUACCAUUAUUUCAACUCACACAUGAAGUUUUCUCAAUUGUAGGUCUAUUUUCCUAUAGUUCAAUUCGUAAGGACAGUUAAGGGUUAAAAGGGAAAGGAGUAAUUCACUGUCAUGUGUUUAUGCCAGCCGGUUCGCAUCAUAGCUGUGUAUUGGACAGCAAAAGAUGUUAAAAAUGACGUUAUCUACCAACUGAACAACAAAAGUAAUUUAUCAAACUGGGUUCUGUGCUAAGACCUUAAAUAUUUUCGCAAAAAAGGAGACAGAGGGAUUACUUUUAUUCUUUAGGGCUUUACUUUUUUCCUUCAGCGAUGAGGAAGUUUCAUAAGCUUUGCCUUCUUUGCCAGCCUCUUACUCCACAUCUGACUGGUGACUCUUUCCUCACUGCCCACGUCAAUAAACUGACCAGCCCGUUGCACAGUCAUUAAAGAGCAACACAAGUUCCGUUCCCUUUCCUUCUUCUCCUUUGAUUUCUUUCUCUCUUUUCAUUUUUCAGUUAUAGUUGCUGUUUUUGAUUUUUCUCCUCUUUGUUUUUUUCCUUUCUCCCUCCAUCCCCCACCCCCCACCUUCGUGUGGUAGGAAAUCAUUCUCUGACAUCUUAAGCUGUACUUUGGGCAUCCAGAGUUGGUAGCAACUCAAUUGUGGCAAAACAGAGAAAUACCAGAACUCUGAGUUUGGGAGGCAUUUUCAAAAAACCUCUUUUAUGUUAUCAAAGAUUGCUUCUUCGGGGCGCCUGGUUCCAGUGGGGCAGUCUGUACUGAAAACCCCGCACCUUUCCUUAUUGGGAUCUUUAUCUUUAGCUUGUGUCAAGAGUAUUAAAUGCGGGCUGCUGUCCGUCAGGGGCAGGGGCCUGGCCUCUUGCACAGCCGUUAACGUUCUUUGGGCAAGAAGCAUAUGUGACGAGACAAGUUGCAGCUGGGAAAUGGGAAACUGUCAUGUUGACCUUAUUUUGUGUCUCGUCAUUUAGAAUCCCAUUCUUGUGAUCCUCUCCUAGUUCUACAAGGUUUUAUAGUCUCACCUGUACAAAAUUAAUCAGAUUAUAUCAUUAUAGACUGACAAGGUUGUGUAGUGGUUUUAUAGACCGCAUAAUAUAUAUAGUGGUUGAAAAGCUGAGAUGUUUUGUCCCUCCAAACAAACAAUGUUUGCUUAAGUACUUUAUCUGUUUAUUUUCCUUUAGUUCGUUUUCUUCUUCUCCUUCUUUCAUACACAUAUUUUUUUUUUCAUUUAUGAGUUGAUUCCCACACGUAUCUCAGGUUUUUUUCGAGUUCUCAUGUAUUCUUGUUUGUUUAGCUUCCAGUCCUCCACCACCAAAGUCGCCGGUUUCUCGGUCUGUCACCGAGGCAACAGUCAAGCCAGUUAGUCCCAGUCCAUCUAAAGCAAAGCCCACUCGUUCCUCGUCCUUUUCUGAUGCGCAUGGCUCCAACGUGAGUUCACCGCCUCCAAAAGUACAGCCGUCUCCCAAGUCAACCCUGAGGAGAGCUUUUGCAAGUAUGAAGAAACUUGGGGGUAAGAGGAAAAACCGACAUAGCAAAACCAUCGAAAUUAGCGGUCCAAUAAUAUCAGGUGAUGAAAUGCCGGGGAUUUUCACUUACAAAGAAGCGGUGCCACAACAGGCUCCGCCAGAAGAGAGACCCGCUGACGCUGACCAUACAAGUACGUCAGACACAGAAAGAUCUGAAUCGCCUGUGACAAAAGUUGCCGUUAGGCCAAUCAUGUCUUCAUCUGCAGCUGAUCCCUCUUCUCCAGUGAACACACUUCAGUCGGAUGGAAGAUUCAGUGGAGCGUCAUCCCCUAUCAUGCAGACUGAGCCAGGAAUUGGCUACCAGAACUUUCCGCUGUCCAAAGGCGGGGAUACUUUAGAGAAGCCUAAAAAGCCCCCUCGCGUAGCUAAAGUUGUAAAGCCAUUGCAACACAGUGAGCCGAGUCCGGAUGAAGAAGCUGUAAAGAAGAAGUAUUAUGAUGACGAACAGACGUAUCUACAGCCUAAUCAAGACGAGUUGACUCUUAAAGUUGAAACAGCUUUAGCUAAUUUGAACGAUGCUGAAAUUCUCGCAGAGGCGCUCUCAAGAGUUGAGCAAGAAAAGUUGGGGCCUCUUCCAGCUAUUCCACGAUCGCGGCAAGUUCGCUUUCGAUGUGAUGAUUCAAAUGCGUCAAACACAUCCCCAGGAGCCAAAGCAGAACCUCGACGCCCCGUACGAGCUGUGUCGCCGACUCUCAUUAACGGAUCCGGAGAUAAAGGAGAUUUCAAGUCCAGGCCUAAACUCCCAUCUAGACCUCCAAAUACAAAACCUUCCGGGCAUACCAUAAGGGAGCGUUCCCACAGUUUUGAAAACCGCAGUCUGGAACGGCAAAGACCAGCGGUGGCACGCAGUAGAAGCUUGUCGAGCGGAAGUGGUCUGGAAAAACGCUAUAACAAGAUUUUAAAGCUGCAGUUGCAGACGCUGGAGGACAUGAUUCAUUCUUGGAGGGACGAGCUCCUUCCUGAUGUUGGUGUAGAUUUGUGGGACACGCGCUGGUCAGACUACGAGGCUCAUGGGAACACGUUGGAGGUGCGCUCUCCUGGGGCAAUUCUUCUGCCCGUUAAAUGUGCCAUGUUUUGGGAGGGAAACAGGAAAUUGCUUGCGAAGGUGAGUACCCUCAAUUGCGUUGAGUAGAUAAUAUGAAUUUUCUUUGCUAGAGAGUUACUUUUCGACUUUCCUUUUGGAAGUAACGCGUGACGAAACCCUGUUAACGUCCGAGCAGGAGGCGAGCAUUAAGCGGGCUCUCGUAGGACCUUCGUUAGUCGCGGUCCGCUAAAUACAGGUUUGCUUUUAGGGGAAUAUGAGCCAAAAAAUAGUUUCGGACUUUCAGUGACUCUUGUCUGCUUAAUAAGGCAUGCCGGUUAAUAUGGACCAUGCGGGUUUUACUCUAGUUGUAACGUCACGCAGUAACUUUAGUUUUGUCUUGUGAGAGUUGAAAGCAUUUUCAACUCUUUGGAUGAGUAAAUUUUUUACUGGAGGAUUGCACAACGAACGAAGCUCCCUAAAUUACGCAGAAGAGAAAAUAACAUGCACAGUGAAACGGCUUACAGUGCGGACACUCAAACCUGGAGACUUGAAAGAAGAUUGUCCAAUCUCAACGUUUUCUGAAAACAAAAGAUUCUCAAGUUUUUUUUGCAAACGACCAAUAACAUUCAUAAAUUGGACGUGCCGUUUCCCGAGAGGUCAGGUAAGUUCAAACGGUUUUAAGUUUUUAUCGGUUGCAAAGUGAAAUACUUCAAUUUUAUUGGUCCGUUUCCAAAAAAAAUUCAGAAUCUUUUGUUUUGAGAAACGUUGUGGUUGGAAAAUCCUCUUCCAAGUGUCCCGGUUUGAGUGUCCGCACUGCAAAGCAUGCAAAAAUAUCCAGGUCAAAGGGCUAGCUUUGUUUUGGUGAGCUACUCUCAGGUUGUUUUUGUUACGGGAAAGGCAGGGCGAGAAGAAAUCAUAAUUGUGAAAAUACCGGGUUCCAGAACCAUUCAGUAAAAAUGGAAAUUUUAAAAACCCCUGCCUCCCUCUCCCCCAUUUUUCAUUAUUCAUCAGACAGAAAGCUUAGCACUAAGGUAAUAGGACGAUCGUUGUGAUUCGGGGGAGAUUAACUGAUGGUGAUGUAGUGGUUCGAGCCACAACUCUUUGCCCCCGGCCAACUCUCUGUAUCUUGUUACGUCAGGUGUAAAUAGUUAUGUAUCUUUUUAUUUUUUUAGGUGGAGUACCCGAUACCAUCUUCGAGUUACGCGUCACAAAGAUCACCUUUCAAACACGACAUGUGCGUCUGCGAGUCUCUGCCGCAUCACGUGAACGUAUCACGUGUUCUUACGCACUUUACUGAUAACGUAUCAGGUGACGUUAUUAAACAAGCUGAAUGUGAUUCGUAUGAAACAACGGUGAGCAUCACAGAUCAAAUCCCUUGUGAAACAGUGGCGGAUUUUGUCAAAAGAAACAAAGAGGAACAUGAAAAUGACCCAGAGGCUUACGAGAAGAAGGUUUGCCUCCUCUUGCUUCAGCUUUUAAGCGCAAUAGAUCACUUACACAAAGAGACCGUCGUUCAUCGGGAUCUGAAAAUGGAAAAUAUGUUUUUGACGGAUUGCGGGCUCUUGCUUGUCGCCAAUUUUCAGCAUGCGCUGCAGCAGGCGAAAGACUCUCGACCCAGUCCUUUCAUUCUACGAAAGAACGCGUCCAGUGAUCUCGGCGGGAACUGGGAACACCUUCCACCGGAAAUACUAAAUGCACCAGAAGAGACGGAUUUGUUGAAUUAUGAAAACUGCGAUAAUUUUGCGGCUGGGUGCUUAAUGUAUGAACUGCUUCACCGACCAAACCCGUUUGGUGUUAAUCCACUCCUUAUUCAGCAGGAUUACGACCAAACAGAUCUUCCUCCAAUUCCUUCAAGGUCAAGAUUUUCCAGGGGGGUGGGCAGGAUAGCGCGUCAGUUAUUACGGAGGUAUCCUCAAGAGCGGUUGUCUGCCGGGGAAGCCCUCCAAAUGUUUCAAGUGUUGCUAUGGGGACCAAAAGAACUCGAUGAAGACAGCAUUGAAAUUGGUGUCAGCGAGUGGCUAGAAACCGAGCGUGCGCACACGGUUGCAAUGAUCGCCCGCAACCAAAUGCAGAAAAGUUAUACCCAGGUAGAUUUCGUGGAGGCGUUCAUGAAGUGCCAAUUUCUUGUCGACGCCUCUGCGGAUUCUUUGUCAUACAUAUAUCAGCACCUUGAACUGGACAAGGAACAAGGGGAGAACUAUUUAGCGUAGCUAUUUAUGAAUUUUGGCUGGAUAUCGGAAGACAAAGUAACAGUUAUAGAGGUUUAUCUCAGUCUUACAUCUCUUGGUAUGUUAUAUUUAUUUUUCCCUAGUACUAGAAGCUUUAUCUCUCUUUGUUUCUCAAACAAUACCUUCUAAAAGUUCUUUUAAUAGAAAAAGAUAGGCUUUGAAAACUUCAGUUCAAAUAGGUUAAAAUCGUGUAGCCCGCGAAUUCUGCCGCCUUUCAUCGCUGGCCGUCGCGGGGACGCCUGCACGAAAGACGGGGAGUGAUGGAAGACAACUGUAUUGGCAGGCAGUUAAAACUGGUAUUAUGCCGGUGUUAAUCACUGCACUAAAGAACGAACGGUCACUUCGUAACAAGCGGUGUUUCGCAGCGUUCACUUGUUUUUGUUUGUUUUUGUGUUUUAUGAGACUAGUCAUAGACUGUGAUAAUUUUUAUCAACCGAAAAGCUGAGCACAGAGUGCCUGGGCUUCAGAGUUAAACCCUGUUUAACCCUUUUGUUUCUAGGCGUGGCUGGCGGGCCAAAGCCAAAUUCGACAAAACUUCUAAAUGUUAUUUUGUAAAAUACUGAAAAACAAACACCACUUCUGAAUGUAAGCGACAUUUUUGAGACCAUUCAAUUCAAAAAGUACGGAUAAAAAAUGCUGUUACUCCACUACUAAAUGCGUGACUGUCCUCGAAAAAGAAAUUUCGUUUCUGUCGUAUUUCAAUGUCACAAAUGUGAGGUUCGUAGUCUUCCAUAGCUUUAAUAUUUGUUUAACCAAAUACUUGUCCAAAUACUCAAAUGUUAGAACUUCCUUGUACAGCAGAUUAAAGACUACCACAGGAAAGGACUGCUGGGGAGGCUUUUGAAUGUUAACACUUCUUUACUAUGAAUUUAUAAGAGAGGAUAAAGGUUCCCCUAUCUUCUAUUUUGUCAACAGACUCAAAAGUUCGAACUCUAUUUUUGACAGCUGUGGGAGUGGAAAGUUAAAGUAAUAGCUUAGAAAAGCGGAAAAAAGAGAUGUUCAAAGAUUUGUAAGAGAAUAUUAAUUUAAAUUAUUAAUGCACAAGUCAAUAUAACCUUGUUCCCAGGGUCCUGUCCUAAUCGACCCCCGGAGCAAGGGAGAGUAGGAGGGGACCCUGGGAACGAGGUUGAUAAGUUACCGUAAAUUUUUCUUAUUCGAGAUAUUUAUAUUUAGUUGUCUGAAAAGGCCUCAAGAAACAUUUUAGUUAUUUUUAUUGUUGGGAAAAAACAUAUCCCCAAGAGAAAGUAAUUGUUAGUCUUUUCGAAAUUAUAGAAUCUACAGAUUUUAUUUAUGAGAGAUGACAUUCUUAGUGACUUGUUUAGGAGCAGCUUAAAGGAGCAUUGUCACGUUAUUUCCACUCACAGAAGCUUGUAAACGCUAGAUCAAAGAAAUUUUCCAAUUUUUAUCCGUAUUAAAGUACUGAAAAUGCAAUGAUAGUAAUAGCCACUAAAAGUGUUGCAUAUCAAGCGGUUACUUUUGAACGUUCACAUUUUAGAAUACAAUUACAAAACUCGUCUCCUGAGACUGUACUAGGUCAGGGGGACUGGGUUAUUAAACCAGAUGUUUCUUUGUUUGAGCCAGACUUGAUUAACAGUCGUUUUCAUUGUAACCUCUUACAUGAGUGGAGGGAGCAAACCGGACUCCUUAAAAAUGGCUGGACGUCGGAAAUGUAAUGAUUAUUGCACAACUUCAACAUUGCUCUUAGUAUAGUGCAUACUGUUUUAGAAGUAUAUCAUUAAAGCACAAACAACAGAAAAAUCCUCGUGACACUGCCCCUUUAAGGCGCUUAUUUUCGUAAAUGUAUUGCCUCACGCUUAUAACGAACAAAUUUAUUUUGUGCAUUUUCAAAAAAAUUGUACUUUACGUUUGAAACUUGCCAGGGAAAAGGAAUCCAUUCCGUCUGAGAUUAAAGAACUAGCGCCUGUGUGGUUGUUCGUAGGUAGCCCUAACAUAACAGUAGGUUUACGCUUAUGACGCUAGAAUGAAGCACUGAGCAUUAGCACCGAGUUUGUAAAUUGUAACUUCAGUUUAUUUAUUUUGAACCUGGAAAAACAGCCGACUUCGCGACACCACCACUGGUUUCCGCGCGAAAGGAAGGGAACGAGGAACGAGCGCGGAAAUUCCAUACUGAUGACGUGCUAAUACCCUGGUCUGGGUGAGGCCUCUGAUUGGUUAAAGCAAUUUCCCUUGCGGCAAGACCAAUAGGAAGCAAAAAGAACCACUACCCAGAUCUAACUGAUGCCUCAUCAGUCUGCUGUCAUUCCUCACACGUCAUGACGCCGGGAAACCAGUGAUGGUGUGGCGAAGUUUCGGCUGUUUUCUCUGACGCUAAUUUAUUACCUGUUAAUUCUCUGUGUGCUUCAGUGUCAACUGAAAAGAGUUAAGUUAUGAAGAAGUACCCUGCCUAACAUUGUAGGUUUGUAGGGCUACCGAAGGUCGCUGUUUAUCUGUAGAUAGAUGCCGCAAGCUGUGCAGAAGUUUAACUUAAGGCUGACCUUAUAUGCAUUGGCUGCGUCGUU